AUGGCCCUCUGUGGUGACGACAGCUUUCACACAGGGGCGGGGUCAGAGGCACGGAAGAUCGCCAAGGUGUUUCAGAGGAAAGAGAAGGCGUGGGAGAGCUCCCAGGCACUGGGGAGAGGGAGGGAGGACCUCCUCCUGCAGGCCAUCCCCAAAGCAGAAGGGGAGGUGACCAAGACAUUGACACCAGCCCCUCAGGCGGUGCUGGAUGAGGCCACCACAGAUGCCAUGUCCCCCGCCUGGAGCCCCAGCUCGGUACACAUCCGCGCUCAGCUUGGAAACGCUGAGGGGAUCGGACACCCCCUCGACCAAAAGACCCCGCUCUGGUGGUGCCUUCGCAACACCUCCCACCCCUCUGCUUUCGAUGAGACCCGGAAGGGGCCUUUUUCAGAACCCGAAAGAUCCAGUCUGCCCCUCCCCCGCAACGGGCCCAAGACCUUGAAAAAGCUGGAGGGGGUUUCUCUCAGAGCUCAGCUGCGGGCAAGCUCAACCCCCACGGCGGGCAGCCUCCGCGGGUCCCCUCCCCCGCAACCGCCGGGCCACUCGCUGCGGCCUGGACGGCGGUCUGGACGAACCAGCUGUGCCCGGGAUUGGGGGGCUUGGGGCCGCGCCCCAGCCCCCGACGUGCGGUGUCCGCGCCCCUGGCAGCGGCUGCCCGCGGCCAUCGAGCUCCGCCUCGGCCCGCCCUCCGCGCGGGCCCUGCUCUCGGUGCCCGGACUUGGCUCCGCGCUCUGCUUCCCGGGCCUCGGCGGGGCCACGCUGCGCUGGGUCCGCACCGCCCUCACCACCUUCCCUGCCUGCCGCUGCCAGGCGCGCCCCGGGCCCCGCUGCCCGCGCCGUCCUGUCUGCCUGCGCUUGAUGUGCGCCCUGGGGCGCGCUGCCGGCGCCGUCUCGUUGGGGCUGGCGCUAGAGGCGGCCGCCGGGAAGCCCUCGUCUCCGUCGCCGCCAAGCCUGCCCCGUGCUGGGGCGGGGGCGGCGCGGCGGGCCCGACGGGGAGCGGGCGGCAGCGCGAGCCCGCAGUUUCCGCUGCCUAGCUACCAGGUGUCCGUUCCCGAGAACGAGCCGGCGGGCACGGCGGUCAUCGAGCUGCACGCGCUGGACCCUGACGAGGGCGAGGCAGGGCGCCUGAGCUACCAGAUGGAGGCGCUGUUUGACGAGCGCUCCAACGGCUACUUUCUCAUUGAUGCCGCCACGGGCGCGGUGAGCACGGCCCGCGCGCUGGACCGCGAGACCAAGGACACGCACGUGCUUAAGGUGAGCGCUGUGGACCAUGGCUCGCCGCGGCGCUCGGCCGCUACCUACCUCACCGUCACGGUCAGCGACACCAACGACCACAGCCCGGUCUUUGAGCAAUCUGAAUACCGUGAGCGCGUGCGCGAGAACCUCGAGGUGGGCUACGAGGUGCUGACCAUCCGCGCCACCGACGGGGACGCGCCCUCCAAUGCCAACAUGCGCUACCGCCUGCUGGAGGGCGCAGGCGGCGUCUUUGAGAUCGACCCACGCUCUGGCGUGGUGCGCACGCGGGCUCCGGUGGAUCGGGAGCAGGCGGCCGAGUACCAGUUGCUGGUAGAAGCCAACGACCAGGGCCGCAACCCGGGCCCGCUCAGUGCCACGGCCACCGUUCACAUCACUGUGGAGGACGAGAACGACAACUAUCCGCAGUUCAGUGAGAAGCGCUACAUGGUCCAGGUGCCCGAGGACGUGGCGGUCAACACGCCGGUGCUGCGCGUGCAGGCCACGGACCAGGACCGGGGCCAGAACGCAGCCAUCCACUACAGCAUCAUCAGCGGGAACCUGAAGGGGCAGUUCCACCUGCACUCCCUGAGCGGGAGCCUGGACGUCAUCAACCCGCUGGACUUCGAGGCCGUCCGCGAGUACACGCUGCGCAUGAAGGCCCAGGAUGGGGGCCGGCCUCCGCUCAUCAACUCCUCGGGGCUGGUGGCCGUGCAGGUGCUGGACGUGAACGACAAUGCACCCAUCUUCGUGAGCAGCCCCUUCCAGGCCGCCGUGCUGGAGAACGUGCCCCUGGGCCACUCGGUGCUGCACAUCCAGGCGGUGGACGCGGACGCGGGUGAAAACGCCCGUCUGCGCUACCGCCUGGUGGACACGGCCGGUGCGGGAGGCGGUGGUGCUGGGCCUGAGGACCCCGCCCCCGGCCCGGACUUCCCCUUCCAGAUCCACAACAGCACGGGGUGGAUCACAGUGUGCGCAGAGCUGGACCGCGAGGAGGUGGAGCAUUACAGCUUUGGGGUGGAGGCGGUGGACCAUGGCUCACCGCCCAUGAGCUCCUCGGCCAGCGUGUCCAUCACGGUGCUGGACGUCAACGACAAUGACCCGGUAUUCACACGGCCUGUGUACGAGCUGCGUCUGAAUGAGGACGCGGCGGUGGGCAGCAGCGUUCUCACCCUGCAGGCCCGGGACCGGGACGCCCACAGCGUGAUCACCUACCAGCUCACUGGGGGCAACACCCGGAACCGCUUCGCCCUCAGCAGCCAGAGCGGCGGCGGCCUCAUCACCCUGGCCCUGCCGCUGGACUACAAACAGGAACGGCAGUACGUGCUGGCGGUGACCGCAUCUGACGGCACCCGCUCGCACACGGUCCAGGUCUUCGUCAACGUCACUGACGCCAACACCCACCGGCCCGUCUUCCAGAGCUCCCACUACACGGUCAGCGUCAGCGAGGACCGGCCCGUGGGUACCUCCAUUGCCACCAUCAGUGCCACCGACGAGGACACGGGGGAGAACGCCCGCAUCACCUAUGUGCUGGCGGACCCCGUGCCACAGUUUCGCAUCCAUCCCAGCACGGGCACCAUCUACACCCUGAUGGAGCUGGACUACGAGGACCAGGCCGCCUACACGCUGGCCGUCACUGCUCAGGACAAUGGCAUCCCUCAGAAGUCCGACACCACCUCCCUGGAGAUCCUCAUCCUGGACGCCAAUGACAACGCACCCCGCUUCCUGCGUGACUUCUACCAGGGCUCCGUCUUCGAGGAUGCGCCGCCGUCCACCAGCGUGCUCCAGCUCUCUGCCACCGAUCGGGACUCGGGCCCCAACGGCCGUCUGCUGUACACCUUUCAGGGUGGGGACGACGGUGACGGGGACUUCUACGUCGAGCCCACGUCUGGCGUGAUCCGCACCCAGCGCCGGCUGGACCGGGAGAACGUGGCUGUGUACAGCCUCCGGGCUCUGGCUGUGGACCGGGGCAGCCCAGCACCCCUGAGUGCCUCGGUGGAGAUCCAGGUGACCGUCCUGGACAUCAAUGACAACCCCCCGGUGUUUGAGAGGGACGAGCUGGAGCUCUUUGUGGAGGAGAACAGCCCGGUGGGGUCGGUGGUGGCGAGGAUCCGUGCCAAUGACCCCGACGAAGGCCCCAACGCCCAGAUCAUGUAUCAGAUCGUGGAAGGCAACGUGCCCGAGGUCUUCCAGCUGGACCUGCUCAGCGGGGACCUGCGCGCCCUGGUUGAGCUGGACUUUGAGGUCCAGCGAGAGUACGUGCUGGUGGUGCAGGCCACGUCCGCCCCGCUGGUGAGCCGGGCCACCGUGCACGUCCGUCUGCUGGACCAGAACGACAACCCGCCGGUGCUGCCCGACUUCCAGAUUCUCUUUAACAACUACGUCACCAACAAGUCCAACAGCUUCCCCAACGGCGUCAUCGGCCGCAUCCCGGCCCGUGACCCCGACCUCUCCGACAGCCUCAAUUACACUUUCCUGCAGGGUAACGAGCUGAGGCUGCUGCUGCUUGACCCGGCCACGGGCGAGCUGCAGCUCAGCCGCGAUCUGGACAACAACCGGCCGCUGGAGGCGCUCAUGGAGGUGGCCGUGUCAGACGGCAUCCACAGCGUGACCGCGCUCUGCACUCUGCGCGUCACCAUCAUCACGGACGACAUGCUGACCAACAGCAUCACCGUCCGCCUGGAGAACAUGUCGCAGGAGCAGUUCCUGUCCCCGCUGCUCGGCCUCUUCAUGGAGGGCGUGGCGGCCGUGCUGUCCACGGCCAAGGACGACGUCUUCAUCUUCAACAUCCAGAACGACACGGACGUGCGCGCCAACAUCCUGAACGUGACCUUCUCCGCCCUGCUCCCCGGCGGCGGGCGCGGCCGCUUCUUCCCUUCUGAGGCCCUGCAGGAGCACAUCUACCUGAACCGCACGCUGCUGACCACCAUCUCGGCGCAGCGCGUGCUGCCCUUCGACGACAACAUCUGCCUGCGCGAGCCCUGCGAGAAUUACAUGAAGUGCGUGUCGGUGCUGCGCUUCGACAGCUCGGCCCCCUUCAUCAGCUCGGCCACCGUGCUCUUCCGGCCCAUCCACCCCAUCACCGGCCUGCGCUGCCGCUGCCCGCCCGGCUUCACCGGCGACUACUGCGAGACCGAGAUCGACCUCUGCUACUCCAGCCCCUGCGGCGCCCACGGCCGCUGCCGCAGCCGCGAGGGCGGUUAUACCUGCGAGUGUCUUGAGGACUACACAGGGGAGCACUGUGAGGUGAAUGUGCGCUCGGGCCGCUGUGCCAACGGAGUGUGCAAAAACGGGGGCACCUGUGUGAACCUGCUGAUCGGCGGCUUCCACUGCGUGUGCCCUCCCGGCGAAUAUGAGAAGCCUUACUGUGAGGUGACCACCAGGAGCUUCCCACCUCAGUCCUUCGUCACCUUCCGCGGCCUGCGGCAGCGCUUCCACUUCACCAUUUCCCUCACGUUUGCCACCCAAGAAAGGAAUGCCUUGCUGCUCUACAACGGUCGCUUCAAUGAGAAGCACGAUUUCAUCGCCCUGGAGAUCGUGGGCGAGCAAGUGCAGCUCACCUUCUCUGCAGGUGAGACCACCACGACAGUGGCACCGCAGGUGCCCGGGGGUGUGAGUGACGGGAGGUGGCACUCCGUACAGGUGCAGUACCACAACAAGCCCCACAUUGGCCGCCUGGGCCUGCCCCACGGGCCUUCGGGAGAGAAGGUGGCCGUGGUGGCCGUGGAUGACUGUGACACGGCCAUGGCUGUGCGCUUCGGGAGCUCCGUCGGGAACUACAGCUGUGCGGCCCAGGGCACUCAGAGCGGCUCCAAGAAGUCCCUGGAUCUGACGGGGCCGCUUCUCCUGGGGGGCGUCCCCAACCUGCCCGAGGACUUCCCCGUGCACAACCGGCAGUUUGUGGGCUGCAUGCGGAACCUCUCCGUCGACGGCAAGAGCAUGGACAUGGCCAGCUUCAUCGCCAACAACGGCACCAGGGCAGGUUGCGCGGCCCAGAGGAACUUCUGUGAUGGAGUCCGGUGUCAGAACGGGGGCACAUGUGUCAACAGGUGGAACACGUACCUCUGCGCCUGCCCGCUCCGGUUUGGCGGGAAGAACUGUGAGCAAGCCAUGCCGCACCCCCAGCGCUUCAGCGGAGAGAGCCUCGUGUCCUGGGACGACCUGGCCGUCACCAUCUCUGUGCCCUGGUACCUGGGGCUCAUGUUCAGGACCAGGAAGGCAGACAGUGUGCUGAUGGAGGCCACUGCCGGCGUGUCCUCCCAGCUCCUUCUGCAGAUCCUGGAUAAUUACAUCCAGUUUGAGGUGUCCCACGGCCCCUCUGAGGUGGCAUCCAUGAUGCUGUCCAGAUCACGUGUGACUGACGGGGAGUGGCAUCACCUGUUGAUAGAACUGAAGAGCGCCAAGGAGGGCAAGGACAUCAAGUACCUGGCGGUCAUGACUUUGGACUACGGGUUGGACCAGAGCGCAGUGCAGAUCGGGAACCAGCUCCCCGGCCUAAAGAUGAGAAGCAUCGUCGUCGGGGGUAUGUCUGAAGACAAGGUGUCUGUGCGCCGAGGUUUCCGGGGCUGCAUGCAGGGAGUGAGGAUGGGGGAGACAUCCACGAACAUUGCCACCCUGAACAUGGACGAUGCCCUCAAGGUCAGGGUGAAGGAUGGCUGUGAGCUGGAGAACCCCUGUGCCUCAAGUCCCUGUCCCCCACACAGCCGCUGCCGUGACGCCUGGGACAGCUACUCCUGUGUCUGUGACAGAGGGUACUUUGGACAGAAGUGUGUGGAUGCGUGCCACCUGAACCCCUGCGAGCACGUGGCGGCCUGCGUGCAUGCGCCUAGCUCCCCCCGGGGCUACGAGUGCGAGUGUGGCCCCAGCCACUAUGGGCAGUACUGCGAGAACAGAGUGGACCUCCCGUGCCCCAAAGGCUGGUGGGGGAGCCCUGUCUGCGGCCCCUGCCACUGCGCCGUCAGCCAAGGCUUCGACCCGGACUGCAACAAGACCAGUGGGCAGUGCCAGUGCAAGGAGAACCACUACAAGCCCCCUGGCCAGGACGCCUGCCUGCCGUGUGACUGCUUCCCGCACGGCGCCCACAGCCGCGCCUGCGACACGGACACCGGGCAGUGCGCCUGCAAGCCGGGCGUCAUCGGGCGCCAGUGUAACCGCUGUGACAACCCCUUUGCCGAGGUCACUGCGCUGGGCUGCGAAGUGAUCUACAGUGGCUGUCCCAGGGCGUUCGAGGCCGGCAUCUGGUGGCCACAGACCAAGUUUGGGCAGCCGGCGGCGGUGCCGUGCCCCAAGGGCUCCGUGGGAGACGCUGUGCGGCACUGCAGCGGGGAGAAGGGCUGGUUGCCCCCCGAGCUCUUCAACUGCACCUCCUCCUCCUUCCUGGACCUCAAAGUCAUGAACGAGAAGCUGAGCCACAACGAGACGCGGCUGGACGGUGACAGGUCUGUGCGGCUGGCCAAGGCAUUGCGUAAUGCCACGCGGCACACCAGCGCCCUGUUCGGCAAUGACGUGCGAACAGCCUACCAGCUGCUGGCCCGCGUCCUGAGACACGAGAGCGGGCAGGAGGGCUUCGACCUGGCGGCCACGCGGGACGCCGGCUUCCACGAGGACGUGGUGAGCACCAGCAGCGCCCUCCUGGCCCCAGCCACCAGGCCUGCCUGGGAGCAGAUCCAGAGGAGCGAGGGCGGCUCGGCACAGCUGCUGCGGCACUUUGAGGCCUACUUCAGCACCGUGGCGCGGAACGUGAGGAAGACCUACCUGCGGCCCUUCGUCAUCAUCACCCCCAACAUGAUCCUCGCCGUCGACAUCUUCAACAAGUCUAACUUCACCGGAGCCCGGGUGCCGCGGUUCGAGGACAUUGGCGAAGAGUACCCAAAGGAGCUGGAGUCCUCGGUCUUCUUCCCCGCAGACCUCUUCAAACCACCUGAGAAGAAGGAAGGCCCCACGGCCAGGCCGCCCAGCCGGAAGGCCGCACCACAGCCGGCACGCCUGGGGCUCGGUGCUGAGAGGGAGGCCCCGUCCAGAUGGCGGAGACACCCAGACCAGCCCGGCCAGUUCGCCGUCGCCCUGGUCAUCAUCUACCGGACCCUGGGGCAGCUGCUGCCCGAGCACUAUGACCCCGACCGCCGCAGCCUCUGGCUGCCCAGCCGGCCCGUCAUCAACACGGCAGUGGUGAGUGCGGUGGUGUACAGCGAGGGCACUGCGCUCCCCAGCCCCCUGGAGAGGCCCAUCCUGGUGGAGUCCGCCCUGCUGGAGACAGAGGAACGCACCAAGCCCGUCUGCGUGUUCUGGAACCACUCAAUCCCCCUCGGCAGGACGGGAGGCUGGUCGGCCAAGGGCUGCGAACUUCUGUCCCGGAACCGGACGCACGUGACCUGCCAGUGCAACCACCUGACCAGCUUUGCGGUGCUCAUGGACGUGUCCCGGCGUGAGCAUGGCGAGGUCCUGCCCCUGAAAAUUGUCACCUACGUGGCCCUGUCCUUGUCCCUGGCGGCCCUGCUGGUGGCCUUCGUCCUGCUGGCACUGGUCCGGACACUGCGUUCCAACCUGCACAGCAUCCACAAGAACCUCAUCGUGGCGCUCUUCUGCUCCCAGCUGGUCUUCGGGGUUGGGAUCAACCAGACGGAGAACCCGUUCGUGUGCACCGUCAUCGCCAUCCUCCUGCACUACGUCCACAUGAGCACCUUCGCCUGGACCUUUGUGGAGAGCCUGCACGUCUACCGCAUGCUGACCGAGGCCCGCAACAUCAACUCGGGGCCCAUGCGCUUCUACUACGUCGUGGGCUGGGGUGUCCCGGCCGUCAUCACAGGACUGGCGGUGGGCCUGGACCCCCAGGGCUACGGCAACCCCGACUUCUGCUGGCUGUCUCUGCGCGACGCUCUCAUCUGGAGCUUCGCCGGGCCCAUCGGGGCUGUGAUAGUUAUCAAUGCAGUUAUUUUUGUCCUGUCUGCCAAGGUUUCCUGCCAAAGAAAGCACCAUUACUAUGAGAGGAAGGGGGUCAUCUCCCUGCUGAGGACGGUCUUCCUGCUGCUGCUGCUCGUCGGCGCCACCUGGCUGUUGGGGCUGCUGGCCGUGAACCGCGACUCUCUGGCCUUUCACUACCUCUUCGCCGUCUUCAGCUGCUUACAGGGUCUCUUCGUCCUCUUGUUCCACUGCGUGUUCAACAGGGAAGUCCGGAAGCACGUGAAGGGGUUGCUCACCGGCAAGAAGCUGCACCCGGAUGACUCAGCCACCACCAGGGCCACCCUGCUCACGCGUUCCCUCAACUGCAACAACACCCACAGUGAGGAACCCGACAUGUACCGCACGACCCUAGGCGAGUCCACCGCCUCGCUGGACAGCACCCUCAGGGACGAAGGCAUCCAGAAGCUCGGCGUGUCCUCGGGGCUGGCACGGGGCAGCCACGGGGAGACAGAUGCGCCCUUUGUCCACAGGAGCACCAAGAAGGCCCAUGGCUGUGACUCGGACUCGGACAGCGAGCUGUCCCUAGAUGAGCAGAGCAGCUCCUAUGCCUCAUCUCACUCGUCGGACAGUGAGGACGAAGCCGUGGCGGCCGAGGACCAGUGGGACCCCGCCACGCCCCAGGCCCACGCCCCAGGUCCUGUCCACAGCACCCCCAGAGUGGACGCGGCAGCCAACCACAUCGCGGCCGACUGGCCGGACCGGAGCCUGGCCGGGAGCGACGGGGAGGAGCCGGGCGAGAAGCCCCGCCUCAAGGUGGAGACCAAGGUCAGCGUGGAGCUGCACCUGGAGGAGCGGCCGGCGGGCCUGCUGCCCAUCCUGGCCCCGGAGCAGCGGAAAGGCAUCUUGAAAAACAAGGUCACCUACCCACCCCCGCUGACCGAGAAGACCCUGAAAACCCGACUGCGAGAGAAGCUGGCCGACGGGGACCAGAGCGCCGGCUCCUCGCGGACGUCCUCCCUGGCCUCCGGUGACGGGGGGUCACGCGCCCCCGUGGACUGCAGCGUCACGGUCAAGAGCCCACCGCCCCGGGAGCCGGCGCGAGAGCACCUCAACGGGGUGGCCAUGCACGUGCGGGCGGGAAGCGCCCAGGCCAAUGGUGCCGACUCGGAGUGA